AUGCGAAAGCCCGGUCGAAGAAAAACAGACAAACAGAUCUGGGACGGGAAUAUCCAAAGAGUUUUCCAUCUACGCCAAAUUCCAAUAACCCCUUCGCUGGUAUUACCAUGCAUUGGACACAAGCGUACUGGUAUUCAAGAAUGGCUAGGCAGCGUUGAGCAAGGCUCUUGCGUAAAGAGCUCUGCUAUUGGCAGCCCUAGCAAAUGGCCAGACUUUGAUGAGUCUUCAGGGGUGAAGUUUCCAGCGCCAGGAUCAGACACCAGGGUAUCCAUUGAUCUCAAGUCCGAAGAUCACGCGCCACACGAUGCUACACCAGGCUGCAGCCUUACCUGUAACACGCAUGCAAAUGCAGCAGGAAGUUCCCUUCUAUUGAGUUCCUCGAGUUGGCUCAAUCCAUUGUUGGGCCAUCCGCUAUAUUCUAUCAUCGUUCAGGCCUGGGCCAAAUUCUGGUCUGAAGACCCGGUGGACCAAGAUGGCUCAACUGGCAACACUCAACAGUCCGCCACUCCCGCGCCCUCAGGCUCUGCGUCUGAUAGUGGAUCUAGCAAGAGGCCAUCACAAGGCAGCAAGAGAAAAAGGAAAUCGGACGAGAAAGAUGGGACCGGAGACUCCAAAAGAACGAGACCUGAUUCCGAUAACGGCUCUCCAACGGGGGACAGCAAAAAUGUUCUUGCGUGCCAUUUCUACAAGAUGAAUCCUAGACAGCAUCUUGAGUGUUUGCAAAGGGGAUUUCAUAACAUCAGUGCCCUAGGGCAGCACCUUGGCAAACAACACAAGCUUGGUCCUAUUCAUUGUGGAAACUGUUGGACAUCGUUUACUAGCGAUGGAGAGCUUAGAGCGCAUUUGCCGUUGUGCAAGCCCACGGGAGGUAUUGCAGUGGAUCAUUUACCAGACGUCCCAAAAACACGGCAAGAUCCCUCUUGGAAGUGGUACUGGAUCUGGAGAAAAUUGUUUCCGAACUUUACGCCACCAGAUACGCCUUAUACUGAUGGUCCCGAGUAUCAAUUAAUUCAGCAAUUCGUCGACUUCUUCUCAGAUCGCUAUGCGCCAAACAUUGCAUCACAACUUGGAUCUGAACCGUCACUGACGAGUGUCGUCGAGGUUUUAAGAGCAGCAGCGCGAGAGUGGGCAUCUACGCCCGCCCAUACGUUGAAUUUUAGACCAUUGCCGACUCCACCAACAACCAUCUCUGAAGAUGAGACCCGCACUUCACCUGCAGCACUUCAAGGGCUUUCAGAAAACACGAACACAUAUGGCAAUUCCCAGCCGACAGAGUCGCUCGCCAAUGGAUCAGAUGAAGGCAUCGCUCCCUCAAUAUUGCUGGAUAAUGAGAACCUGCUCAACAUGGGCCACCGCCCAACGGAAAGCCUCGCCGAAGGUUUUCAGGUACCUACCGUUCGCACAGACGAGAUCAAUACAGCGAAUAACGCCACGACUUACACCGUCCUUGAUUCCAGGACGGGUAUGAUUGCCGCCAGGUCAGAAGAAGAGAAUACGAGUGCGUGGAGCCCAGAGCAAGCCUUCGUCGAGGAACCAUCAAAUGAAAUUCCUUCUGAGGAUUGGAUCUAUGCUGGCGGAUUGACAGAGGAAGAAGAUUGGAUGCAGGAAAUGAAUUACGAAAACCUUGGUCUUUUACCUCCUUCAUCUUCGAAGGACAUGGAUGAACCAGGGGAGCACCUUGAAGACUCUGACGAUGAGGACCAACCAUUGAUGUACUAG